UAUUUACCCAAUUGUCUACUGUUGGCCUAAUUUCGAAAUGCAGAUGGCAUUGCUGAUUGACCUGACCUACUUGGUAUCGACAAGGUUUUUGAGACCAUUCUUAUAUAUAUCUAUUUGGUUGAUCUCUGUGGUUUCUUCAUACCAAGCAGACCCAAGUGCGGUAACAUUUUGUGAAUAAGUCUGCAAUGUCAUACAGGUGGUAUCUAAAGGUUUCAAUGCAUUUUAAAUCCCAUUUAAAUGCUAAAAGAAAGAAGAAAAUAUUAUUGCAUUUUAAAAGAUGCCUUUAUGGGUACCUGCCAAAGAAGAAAAUACCUUGUGUAGGUUUUGUCAACGCAUAUUUAGAAGGAAUUUAAAUCCCUUCACAAACUUGUCUUAAAUCCAAGUUGCAGCUGAGCUGACAGUGCUGGUUAUCUCUGAUGGCUUUUGUUAAGUUGUUUUUCUUGUUUGUGAUUCCACUGCACCUUUUGCAGCUUUCAUUGUUUGCUGAGUCAACGUUUGAAAUGCUUCAGUACCAAAUGGGUUGUCGUCUUCUAGCAUUUCUUGAGAAACUGCGUAUAAAAUUCGUAAGAGAAAGAAAUCAACGGAAGAGGCAGCGUGAAGAAACCCCUGCCAAAGAGAGUGACAAAGAGACAGAAGCGAUCAAAGUUUACUGAUGAACCUCCUGUAGAAAAUGAA